UACAGUACCCCGCCAUGACAUCUGAAGGCCUACGAGACUUUUAAGUUGGCAUACAAUCGUCACGUCAGACACAAACGAGCCGUCUGUUAAGGUUAUCGCAAAGAGAGUAUCGCCGAUAUGAAGCAGAGAUUCUCUUCCUUGGACGUCAAGGUUGUCGCCCACGAGCUGUCCGAGGCGCUCGUGUCUCUGCGUGUCGCCAACAUCUACGAUCUGAACUCCAAGAUCCUCCUCCUCAAAUUCUCGAAGCCCGACAACCGACAGCAGCUCCUCAUCGAGUCGGGGUUUCGGUGCCACUUGACCGAUUUUGCCCGCGCCGCUGCUCCCGCGCCCAGCAACUUCGUUAGCCGCCUUCGCAAAUUCCUCAAGACGCGCCGGGUCACGGCAGUCUCGCAGAUCGGUACCGAUCGCAUCAUCGAGUUUCAGUUCAGCGACGGCGCCUACCGCCUGUAUCUCGAGUUCUUUGCUGGCGGAAAUAUCAUCCUGACCGACGACCAACUCAAGAUCCUGACCCUUCUGCGCAUCGUUCCCGAGGGAGAGGGCCAGGAACCCCAGCGAGUCGGCUCGACCUACACGCUUGAGAAUAGGCAGAACUAUGGCGGUGUCCCACCGCUGACCGAGGACCGCCUGCGCAAUGCACUAAAGACGGCUGCAGACCAAGCCGUCUCGAAGCAGACCAAGAAGAGGAAGGCUUCGGACGAGCUGAGGAGGGGCCUGGCAACGACAAUCACCGAAUUACCCCCAGCUCUUGUCGAACAUGUGUUCCGGGUCACGAAAUUCAACCCAGCCACCAAGCUGGCCGAGAUUCUCGAAAACGAAGCCCUCUUCAACAGCUUGUUCGAGGCAUUGCAGCAGGCACGAUCUACCCUCGACGAACUCACCAGCUCACCGACGGCGAGAGGAUAUAUCAUUGCCAAGCCAAACCCGCAUGCGCCCGCCGCCCCUACUGAAGAGGAAGAGACGCUCCAGGUAGACAAGGCCAAGUAUCUAUUGUAUGAAGACUUCCAGCCUUUUCUACCAAAGCAGUUCGGGGACGACCCAAAUUGCCGAAUUCUGCCAUUUGACGGGUACAACAAGACGGUCGAUGAGUUCUUCUCCUCUCUCGAGGGUCAAAAGCUGGUGUCCAGACUGCAUGAGCGAGAAGCAACGGCCAAGAAGAAGCUCGAUGCCGCUCGCCAGGAACAGGCAAAGCGGAUCGAAGGCCUUCAAGAUAUCCAGAUGAUGAAUCUCCGAAAGGCAGCCGCCAUCGAAGCCAACGUUGAACGCAUCCAGGAGGCAAUGGAUGCCAUAAACGGACUGCUUCAGCAAGGCAUGGACUGGGUCGACGUUAAUAAACUCGUCGAGCGAGAGCAAAGACAGAACAACCCGGUUGCUGAAAUCAUCAAGCUCCCCAUGCGGUUAGAUGAGAGCAUCAUCACCCUGCUAGUCGGAGAAGCAGAGGAACAAGAACCUGAAAACGAGAAUUUCGAUUUCGACUAUGAAACAGACGACGAGUCGUCUGGCGAGGCCGAAGUAGACAAGUCCAAGUCGGUAGAUAAGCGCCUCGAGGUUGACAUCAAUCUCAAAAUCAGCCCGUGGAAUAACGCAAGGGAAUACUACGAACAGAAGCGCACGGCAGCCAGCAAGGAGAAGAAAACCAUCGGCCAGUCUGCUAUGGCGUUGAAGAACACCGAACAAAAGAUUGCCGAGGAUCUCAAGAAAGGUCUCAGGCAAGAGAAGCCAAUCCUGCAGCCUAUAAGGAAGCAAAUGUGGUUUGAGAAAUUCACCUGGUUUAUCUCAUCUGACGGCUACCUUGUUCUUGGUGGCCGGGACGCCCAGCAAAACGAGAUGCUCUACAAGCGGUACCUGAGAAAAGGCGACGUAUACGUGCAUGCCGACACGCACGGUGCUGCAAGUGUGAUCAUAAAAAACAACCCCAAGACUCCGGAUGCCCCGAUUCCUCCGUCUACGCUUGCUCAGUCUGGAAACCUAACAGUAUCCUGCUCGAGUGCUUGGGACUCCAAAGCUGGCAUGGGUGCCUGGUGGGUGUAUGCCGACCAGGUUUCGAAGACUGCGCCUACGGGCGAGUUUCUUCCUGUCGGGUCAUUUAUGAUCCGCGGGAAAAAGAACUUUUUGCCGCCCGCUCUCUUGAUACUGGGUUUCGGGUUGAUCUUCAAGAUAUCGGAGCAGAGCAGAGCAAAACAUGUCAAGCAUAGGCUUUAUGACACCGGGAACGACAACGCGCCACCUUCAGAGUUCAAGGCCGCGGAGUUUGAAGAAAAAAAACCGCCAUCUGAAAGCAGCGCCCACCCCGCUGACUCGGAUGAGGAUUCUGACAGCGAAACCGAAGAUGGAGGCGAGGAAGAGGGCGAGGGCGAUAAAAGGACUAACCCAUUGCAAUCACGCCUAUCAGGCCAGAAAGAAGUCCCGGAGCGCGAAGCACUAGCAGCUGCUGAGGCGCCAGCCAACGAGAUGGCACAGCUUGGGCUGUCCGGAGAGCCUGCAGAACCCGCCCAGCAAAGCGAAGAGACGUUGAAUGACAGCGCGGAAGAGGAAGAGGAAGAUGAAGAUGAAGAGAAGUAUGACCGGCGUGCACAUGCGACACCCUCAUCGCGAGCAGGGACGCCGUCAACCCAAUCACAACUCACAAAGGCCCCGCUCAAGCGCGGCCAGAAAAACAAGGCAAAAAAGAUUGCCGCCAAGUACAAGGACCAAGAUGAAGAAGACCGCGCUCUCAUGGAAACUCUCAUGGGCGUCACGGCAGCGCGCCAGAAAGCCGAGGCCGAAGCAGCUGCCAAGGCGCAGCGAGAAGCUGAUGCUGCCGCAGCCCGAGAGCGGAAGCGGGAGCAACAGGAGCGGCUCAAGAAGCAGAUUGCAGAGCACGAGGAAGUACGCCGCCUGAUGCUUGAGGAGGGCGUCGAGGUUCUCGAAGAGUCCGAGGCCACGGAAAUGACUGCCCUCGACGGCCUCGUUGGCACCCCGCUGCCCGGCGAUGAGAUCCUCGAGGUCAUCCCCUUCUGCGCCCCUUGGAACGCCCUCUCCAAAGUGAAGUACAAGGCCAAGCUCCAGCCAGGCAACACGAAGAAGGGGAAGGCUGUCAAGGAGAUUAUCGAGCGUUGGCGUAUCGCCACGGCUAAGAAGCAGGUCAUAGACGACGCUGCGACGGACCCAGAGAAGAUGUGGCCCCGUGAAGUCGAGCUCAUCAAGGGGCUCAAGCCCGAAGAGGCGUUCAACUGCGUCCCCGUUGGCAAGGUCACCGUCAUGAUGUCGGGGGGCGCAGGUAGCGGCGCCGGUGGUUCCACGUCGUCUAAGAGCAGUGGCGGACCUGGAAAAGGUAGAAAAGGAGGGAAGGAAUCGAAAAAGAGGUAGGUUUCAGGGCCGUUUUGUAAAUCUGUGUUUUCUAUUCAGAGGCCUGAGAUGGGAGGUUGUUCAUAAUUCUUUUGGUCUACGAAUAUUGAGGCAAACAUGCAUGAGUCCUUGUAGACUACCUAGGCAGGUAGUGUUAUUUAUCUAUUAUACCACCUGUAACGAUGAGCCGUUGCGCCAGCAGACAAAUCAG